AUGGCGGGUCUUUACUUUCGAGAAUACACCAUGACAACGCACGGGUGGCUCAACGUUCUCGAAGUGUUGAUCGGCGCCUGGCUGUGGUUCCUGUACGGCACCAUCGGCACCAACACCGGCACGCAGCAAAUGCUGUAUGGCUGCGCCUUGGCGUUCACGCUCAAUGGAUGCGUCUUCUUGGUCUCCUCCCUGCUCAGCCUCCGCUCAGCCGUCAUGCUGCCCAAGCUCUUCUACUACACCCUGUUUCAUCUUUUGGCUGCAACCUGUUAUAUGUUUGGCGGAAUUCGCGCCGUGGGUCGCACAGCAGGCGUCGACGGGGUUACAGCGAUCGUGUGCGGAGGAUUCCAUUUUGUCCACUUUAUAUACAGCAUUAUCAAGACUUGA